UUGUCUAUCGGUUCCACGAUAGGACGAGUAGCCGGCAGGAUACGCGAUGCACGGUAUGCUCUCGAUAGCCGAGAAUACUUUCUUGCGCAAAAUGACCAUCCACAUCAUCGAAAUGGUGGAGCGAAGAGUCCACUCAGCAAAAAGAUCUGGAAUUACACACUCCUAGAAGAAGGCAACGGCGUUGUGUUCAGCGUUCGUUCACAUGAUGGGGAAGAAGGUUACCCGGGUAAUGCGAAUGUGCAAGUUUCCUACGUCCUGACUAACCAUAACGAAAUCUUGGUGCAGUUCUCAGCUAAUACUGAUAAAUCGACAUUAAUGAACUUAUCAAGCAACUUCUACCUGAAUUUGGAUGGUGAGGGUGCCACCCUUGAGAAUCACGAGCUCCAGGUCACCGCUACAUCAUAUUUGGAAACGGAAAAGGGUGGAAUAGUGACAGGUGAACUGAUCGACUUGCCAUCAACUUCACGAGAUCCUCAACCGUUGCGUAAAGAUAGAGUUGACGACUUCAAUCAUAUCUAUUGUUUUGAUCCGCUUCAGACGAAAUCAGCAAAGAAAUUCAGGCAUAUGAUGAGGUAGGU